GAUGACGUCCUUCCUCUAAGUAUCGGCUCCGGGGAAAACAACAUCAGAAGGACCCCAGCCUGAAGCAAAAAAACAUCGAAACUUUGCGUCUUUACCAACUGUUAGCAUCUACGACACGUUCAUCGUAACACGUAACUCCGCGCACACAAAAUGCCCCAGAACGAGCACAUUGAGUUACACCGCAAGCGGCACGGCUACCGUUUGGAUCACCAUGAAAGGAAAAGGAAGAAGGAGAGCCGUGAGGCCCACGAGCGGUCUCACAAAGCCAAGAAGAUGAUAGGUUUGAAGGCCAAACUGUACCACAAACAGAGACACGCAGAGAAGAUCCAGAUGAAGAAGACCAUCAAAAUGCACGAACAGAGAAAGACGAAGCAGAAGAACGAUGAUAAGACCCCCGAGGGAGCAGUGCCAGCCUACCUGCUGGACAGAGAGGGACAGUCUCGUGCCAAAGUUCUCUCCAACAUGAUCAAACAGAAGAGGAAAGAGAAGGCCGGCAAAUGGGAAGUGCCUCUGCCCAAGGUGCGCGCACAAGGAGAGACAGAGGUGCUUAAAGUUAUCAGAACCGGAAAGAGACAAAAGAAAGCCUGGAAGAGAAUGGUCACAAAAGUUUGCUUUGUGGGCGACGGCUUUACCCGUAAACCUCCAAAGUAUGAACGUUUCAUCAGACCGACGGGUUUGCGGUUUAAGAAGGCUCACGUCACACACCCGGAGCUGAAAGCCACAUUCUGUCUUCCCAUCCUGGGAGUAAAGAAGAACCCAUCCUCACCCCUCUACACCUCUCUGGGAGUCAUCACAAAAGGAACAGUUAUAGAAGUCAAUGUCAGUGAGCUGGGCCUGGUAACACAAGGAGGAAAAGUUAUCUGGGGCAAAUAUGCUCAGGUGACAAAUAACCCAGAGAACGACGGCUGCAUUAAUGCAGUUCUGCUGGUAUAAGACUUUGGACCUGCCUUCUGACCGUGCCUGGUAGCUGUUUUGUAUCCACCUAAAUAGGUAACAAGGAAUGAAAGCUGCAGACUCAAGAAGAUUGUUGGUGCUGAGCUUGGUAACAUUGUUUGUAACAAAAAGGACACUCUGAGGGGAAAAAGUGUGGCAAUUACUGUGUUAAAUUUAAUAAAUAAACUUGAAAUGACACCAGA